AUGAGGUCGCUUCAUUAUCUCGUGAUUUUGGCUGUUUCGUUCUUCUUCAGUAGUACCGAUGGAAAUCCGUCGACCCUUGCUCCUCGAGCUACUUGUACCGUCCAACCCAGUUUGAACGGUACGGAUGAUGCGCCUGCUAUUCUAUCUGCAUUCAAAACAUGCGGCAAGGAUGGAACUGUCGUCUUUCUCAAUCAUACAUAUACCAUCAACAGUAUCAUGAACACCACGGGACUCUCGAAUUGCAACAUAGAUAUCUAUGGAACAUUAUUGUGGUCCACAAAUAUAACCUACUGGCUCAACCACUCCAUGGCCUUCGGCUAUCAAAACCAAACUUCAGCAUGGUGGCUCGGCGGCGAUAACAUCAACGUGAACGGAUAUGGAUACGGGACUUUGGAUGGCAAUGGGCAAGCUUGGUAUGAUUUUGUCAAGGGAAUUUCGAACUAUCCGAACAGACCUCACGCGCUUACGAUAUGGAAUGCGACAAAUUCGGUAUUCAAAGGGUUACGAUUUGUGCAGAGUCAGAUGUGGACCAUGACAAUCUUCAAGUCCUCCUCGGUUCUCCUCCAAGAUAUCUACGUGAACAGUACUUCCUCUUCCGGUAACCCCUCGCGCAAUACAGACGGUGCAGAUACGAUCUACAGUGACGAUAUCCACUUUGAUCGCUGGACAGUUGUUAAUGGCGAUGAUAGCAUAUCUAUGAAAGCUAACAGUACCAACAUAUUAAUCACGAACUCCACAUUCUACAACGGGUUGGGAGUGGCAAUAGGCAGUAUUGGACAGUAUAAAGGGGUAUACGAGAGUAUUGAAAAUGUAACGGCGACGGGAAUUGUAUUUUAUAAGACGUUGCAUGGAGGAUAUGUGAAAACGUGGACUGGGGAGCAAGUGGGAUAUCCACCCAAUGGUGGAGGUGGGGGGCUGGGAUUUGCGAAAAACAUAACGUUUGAAAAUUUCUCUUUCAAUUCCCUGAGGGGACCACCGUUUGCUAUUUCACAAUGUACAACAUUCUCUGGCACUGUAGGGAAUUGUUCUUCGUCAGCGUUUCAAAUAAGCGAUCUGAAUAUGUACAACAUAUCCGGCAGUAUGACGAAUCCUGUAACCAGCUUCCAAUGUAGCGCUGUCGCCCCUUGCACAGACAUCACCAUGGAAAACAUCGACGUCGUGGAUGCAAAUCAGACGGCCGGUGUAGGGUAUAAAUGUACAAAUGUGGUUGGGACGUCAGGGUUUACUUGUACGGGUCGUGCUUAA